AUGGGUCCCCUGGCCCGGAAGGAAGCGGGAAACCAGUUCUGCAAGGAAGGGAAAUGGCACGAAGCCGCAGAGGAGUACACCAAGGGCCUCGACGAGUGCGAUGAGAACUUCCCACCGGAUCAGAGAGGGCUUCUUCUGGCGAACCGGAGCCAGUGCUGGCUCAAGCUGAGUGACUUCCAGAAGGGGCUGGACGAUGCCAAUGCAUGUUUGGAGUUGCUGCCGGAGCAUGUGAAGUCCCUCUUUCGCCGCGCCACCGCCCUGGAGCAGCUCGGGCGCGAGACGGAGGCCCUUUCGGACUUUGCGCGCGUGGCGCGCGUGGAUCCCGGGUGCGCCUCGCAGUUGCUCAAGCGGCCUCUGCGCAGCGCGGCGCAGUGCCACAUCAGAGAUUGGUCUUGGUUUUUGAGCAUGUUCGACUUCGAGGACAUCGAAGCCGACGUUGAGCGCAAAGGCGUUGACGCCUGGCAGGAGACCGCGCAGGGCGGCGGUCUUGGCGCGGGCACCGUGCCGAGCGGCCCGGGCUUCGCCCACCGCCGGCCCGGCGCCGCCGCCAUCGAGGUGGGGAAGAAGGUGAUCAUCCGCAGCGCGCCGGGCGCCCCGGAGUUGGAGGAGAAGAUCGGGGAGAUCAUGGCUUUUGAGGGAGGCGAGUACUCCGUGAAAGUCAUGAACUUGACGGGCGGUUACGUGCCUGGAAGGGCCUUGAACGAGGGCUCCCACAUGAGGCUUUUGGGUCCCGAGAGCCUCGAGUUGCACCCGGAUCAAGUGGAAAAGGAUCGCCAGGCCGCCGAGGACGGGGCGAUCGUCUUGCUGGGCGGAGGCGAGGCGGAGCGGGCAGCGCGCGAGGCGCUCUACUCUCUCUCGAUCGAUCCGAAGCACUGCUACGACAAGGCCGUGGAGCGCAUCCUGGCCGCAAGGCACGAGUUCGAGGUCUUGAACUUGGAGGCGAAGUGGUACGGGAGUGACUUGAGCCUGAUCAAGAGGGCUUACAGGCGGAUCAGCGUGGGCAUCCACCCGGAUAAGAACAGCCACCCGCAGGCCGUGGACUGCUUCAGGAAGGUCUAUGGGGCUUUUGAGACGUUGAUGGACAAGAAGCAGCAGUGGCGCUUGCUUUUCAUCCUCAACAAACUCAAGGAGGACGAGGUAAGCUUGUACGAGCUGGAGGCGGAGGAGGAGGAGCGCUUCGAGUGGUGGCUGGAAGCCAACGUUCCGGAGAUCGAGAAGCAGGCCGCGGAGAUCGAGGGAGGGGAGUUUGAGGAAAUUGGCGAGAAGUGGAUCUCCGAUGGCACGGGUGGCAAUGUGAAUGACGUAAAGUGGGCUGGCAUGGCCGAGAGUCUACGGCUCCACGCCGAGGAUAAGGCUGUGUUUAUCGACUGUCGGGAGCGUUUUGAGUUCGAGAUCGAGCACAUUGACGGGGCCUUCAACAUUCCCAUGCGGGAGUUUGUGGACUUCGGUCUCGCCGGCGUCGCUGGGCCCUGGGUGAAGGAGGUCCUGAAACGGAAAGACCAGCCCGUGAUCAUCUACAGCGAGGUGGCGACACCCUUUUCGCGCUGCCGGGCCAUGUGCCGAUGGCUGCUGCGUGCUGGCUCCAAGUCCUUGCCCGCCGAGCGCUUGCGCAGGCUGCGGGGUGGCAUGUUCGGCUGGCGGCACAAGAAGGGGAAGAUUGUCCUUGCGAUCAAGGACAUCACCCCGGAGCAGAAGGCUGCCUUGUACAGGGACAGCGCCAAGCAGAUCGGAGCCCUGAAACUUGGCCUUGGAUCUCCGGUGAAUCUCCGCGUGCGCGUGCGCUGGUUCGAGGAGCGGUGCGCGAAGGUUCCGGGAGGCGGAGGCGGGCCUUGCGCCAUGCUGCACGACUCUUCCGGGGGCAUCCUGACGUUGCUGACGACGAAAGAGCAGAUCGCUCUGUGCCGCGAGGCGGCCAGCAAGCAGGGAUCGCUGUUGGUGCGCGGAGCCACCUGUGAGCUGAGCUCCGACAAGCACUUGGUGGCGAGGCUGGGCCCCGAGGCGACGUUGGAAAGGAGCGACCGCGACUUCACCUUCGGCUUCGAUGCCAAGAACGUCUCGGAGGAAGUGCGUGCACUGGAGCCGGAGGAAGAGGAGGAACCGCCCGGCCGUGGAAUCGGCCCAGCGCCUCCGGGCGGCGAUCUCCCGAAGGAGCUUGUGGAGCAAAGCCUCCCGGCGCGCCUGGCCGCGACGCUCCGGGCACAAACGACCCAGGAGGAGGAGCAGCGAGACGCCUGCGACAAAGUUCGAGCGGCGGUCUUGCGCGGAGAGGCAUCGUCUCUGCUGAGCCAUGGAGUUCUGGAGGCUUUGCUGUCUUUGGGAGACGCAGAGCAAACAUCGCCGGAGAUCCGCCAGGCGUGCCUUCGAAGUCUUUGCCUCAUCGCCUCGGGCAGAGAUCGCGACGACUUGGAGGCGGCAGACGCACGGAUGCAGAUGCGGGGCAAGCUGGACACGCCCAGCCCGGCGGCAGCUGAUUCGAGGUCCCGGCUCCGUGCGGCGCUGCGCGAGGAGGGCCACGGCCUGCUUCGGCGCUUGGGGAAACGUUGCAGGGGCCAUGGAGGAUCGCUCAGUCAGCUUGCCCUCCUCUUGAGUUACUGUCAGGAGCCCGAGGACGAGGCUGCCCUGGAGCUCCUGGCAGAGGCUCUGGACGUCGACGAGGCCGAGGUCUCCAAGGCCGCGCUGGUGUCGCUGAACGCCAUCUUUGAUGCUCGCCGCCAGCAGGGCUCUUCAGGCAAGGCCGUGGUCUUCAACCCAGGCCUGCGCCAAUGCCUCGAGGUUGGCCUCAAUGUGACGGAUCACCAGGAGCUCCUUCACGGCUUCCUUGCCGAGGUCUUCACACUGCUGGCCGACAACGACGAUCGGCCAAGGGAGCUUCAGGUGGAUGUGCCGGGAGUCGGCUUGCGACUGCUGGAGCCUUUCCUCCAAUCCCAGGAAGCCUCGCUGCUGCGCAACGGCCUUGCGGGCCUUGCCUGCCUGCUGGCCUCCAGGGCAAAGGAUGCAGCGCUGAUUCUGCAGAUGUCGGCCGUGCCUUUGUCUGCGGUGCUCAAUGCAUUGGCCCGGCCCGUUCCAGGCCCCGAAGGACGCGAGUCCCAGGGCCACGCGGCGGAGUGCUUGCUGCUCGCAGCCAGCGACUCCCGGACGAGACAGAGAUGGAUCGAGGGAGGAGGCAUUGACGUGAUUCUCAAUGCUCUCAGCAACACCGAUCGUGGAAUUCGUCGUGAGCUGGUAGAUGCAAAGCUGGUUGCCGUGCUGGCAAUCAUGGCCGCUCACAACAAGGACGUCCGAGACGAGAUCUUCGAUCGGGUGGACUUCAUGAUGGAGCUCCGCUUUGCUGUGGACGUGGCUGGCGAGAGAGCUCGCACCGCCCAGACGCACGAACAGCAGCGGCAGGCGCGCAGGCUCUGCGCUGGCUUGUACGAAAGCUUCGCCGUUCUGGCCAUCCAUGGCGAGUUCAAGGAGCGGCUCAUUGCGUCGAAGAAGACGCUCGGUGCCUUGCAGGCCUUGGCGAAGGAGGAGGAGCCACCGGUCACCGGGCUCUCUUCCUCACAGCGUUACGUGAAGAGAAGACGGCCUAGAAAGGGCUCCCUGAAGGUCCUGAAAUGGAGGGGAUAUUUAUGA